AAUGCCUCUUAACUCUAGCAAUAGCUGGGAAGAAAGCUAAGAGUUCCAUAUUUGCCAGUUUGCUUAUCCCUUGUCCCUCCAGUUCUGGCGGAUGGAGUUUUUGCAAGUACCAGAAACACCAGCUCCAGAGCCUGCCGAGGUGCUGGAAAUGCAAGAGGAUUGCCAAGAAGCACAAAUAGGACAGGAAGCCCAUGAAGAAGACAGCAGUGACUCUGACGCAGAUGAUCCAUGCAUUGGCCAGGAUGUGAAACUGCAGGAGAGCCAAAGUCAGCCAGGCAGCACCAGCCACAGACCGAGGUCAGCCUCAAACAGAGUGGCAGCAGCAUGGUCAGCAGACAGUGGCUCAGAUGACUCCAGGCGAUGGUCAGACCAGCUUAGCUUGGAUGAGAAAGAUGGCUUUAUCUUUGUGAAUUAUUCUGAAGGACAAGCAAAAAUACAUCCCCACGCUCAGGUUAACCACCUGCACCCCAGCUAUGCUGAAGCACGGCACUACAGCAAGCUUAAACCAGGAUACCGAUGGGAGCGGCAGUUGGUGUUUAGGAGCAAACUAACUAUGCACACGGCAUUUGAUCGCAAAGAUAACGCGCAUCCAGCAGAAAUCACCGCCCUCGGCAUCUCCAAGGAUCACAGCAGAAUUCUCAUUGGGGAUGGCCGUGGCCGAGUGUUCAGCUGGUCUGUGAGUGAUCAGCCGGGCCGGUCAGCAGCCGACCACUGGGUGAAGGAUGAGGGAGGGGACAGCUGCUCAGGCUGUGCAGUCCGGUUCUCUCUCACGGAGAGGCGUCACCACUGCAGGAACUGUGGGCAGCUCUUCUGCCAAAAGUGCAGUCGGUUUCAGUCUGAAAUCAAGCGUCUGAAGAUUUCAUCACCGGUCAGGGUCUGCCAGAACUGUUUCUACAACUUGCAGCAUGAACGGGGCUUAGAGGAAGGGCCCAGGAAUUGACGAGGUGGUGGUAAAUGGAGACCCUGUACAGUCCUGCUGUCAGCCUGAGAACUAAUGUGAGCAUUGUGCUGCGAUCAGAAGGGAGUAGAAUAUUGUCUGUUUACACUUAAGUUUAUACUGCAUUUUAAGCACUGAAAGUAUAAGGGAUCAUUGAAUUGAUUUGUGUUGAUGGAAGGUGUGUGAUGAGGUGAACAGCACGUUGGAAGAGCCAGGCCCAAGAAGACAUGGUUAAUAACCACAGAUACAGUAGAACUGUCAACCUCUAACUCUGUUGAUAUGGCUAUGAAGAAAAUCCUCACUUACCCUAAACACCAGUUCUUGUCUUGUUUUUGUAGAGCUAGUCAUCUGUGGUGGGGGGGGGGGUGGGAGGGAAGGGAAGGCUUUUUAGAAGAUAGUUGUAAAUCUGCCUUCUUCGCAAGCAACUGUGUAUAUUGUAAAUAGGUAUAAUGGCCUUUUUAUCUAAAUAUGAACCUAACUGCCUGUUACAUGGGACUUCAGAUUAACCACUAUACUUUGUGUGGCAUCUUUCUCAUCUAUCAACUUAAAUAUGAAUGUUUAGAUAACAACAACAACAAAAAAAAGCAACAGAAAACUCGAAGGCAUUAUGUGUAUUUCUGUUAAAAAUCCAGUCUGUGCACGUUCGUUCUUCAGUUGCCCACAGUAUCUUAAUUUAAAUAAGGCUAUUCAUGGAACUACAUGGAUUUUUUUUUUUUUCAAAAGAAAACUUUUUUUGAGAAUAGGACUUGGAGUAUUUUAUUCUAGCUGUAAGAUAACCAGGAACUAAAUUGUAAACUUUGGUUGCAUUUUAUACCAAAACUAUUUACUGCCUCAUUGUUGUUCAUAUUUAACAAGGCCUGUUUUAUACAUGUCAGAGCUGCAGUUUUGUUAAUUACUUAGUGUUCAUUAGCAGCUGAUUCAUGCAGUGCAAGAACCAGCUUUUACCUUCUUUAAGUCAGUAGCGAUUGGCUUGCAUACAGGUACAGAAUGAAUUUUCCUGUGCAUAGAAUUUUACCACUGUUGUCCCGUAGCUUAUUUGAAAAAAAAGAAAAAAAAAAAAUUAAAAAAAAUAAAAAUGUUUGGAACAACGUAGUCAUUCGGGAACGAGUUAGUGCUUGUUCUGCCAGAGAUACUUUUAAGAGCUGUCUCCGUGUGUCAGCAAAUGGCAUGACCCUGAGGACAGCGGUAGAUUUCCAUUACCAUUUUUAAGUUUUAAAAUGAAUUGAAUUGCAGUAUUUUUUUACUACUCUGUCACUUCUUUUGCACUACAUGUGGGAUGAAGUAGAGACAUGGACAUCCACUGGGAUUGGAACACACUCAUUACACAGGCCCGUGGACUGCUUUCCGAAGGAGGUUUUAACAGUGGGUUUGUUUGUUUGUUUUAAAUAUGUGUGUAUAUAUUUUGUAAAUGUGUGACAAACUGAUCUAGAUCUAGGUAAGUUCACAUUGGGUUCUUCAAAACAACAGUACGGAUUCGACCCAAAACAACAGAAGACAGGCAGCCCCACUUUUGCUCUGCAGAACAUCAGUGUGUGUAUUUGGCUGCAGACGGAGAGGUUACCCUGCACUGGUAGGCGUUGGGCAGACUCCAUCCCCAGGAAGAAGAUGAUUUAAACUGUUGUUGGAAUUGCAGUGUGGGAAAUGCCAGCCCCUCUGUGACAGUGGGUCCCUGUACCUUGGAGACACACUUGUCUUCCCUUGGUUGGACCUUCUAGAUCCAUUUGUUAAUCCUAACCACUUACUCUCUACCCUGGUAUCACAUGUUUAUGCACUGAAGGUUAAAUAUGUAUUUUGAGACGUUUGUUUAUAAAGUAUGUGCUGGUCUGUAAAAUGAGAAAUUCCUCUGGUUCUGGUAUGUAUACUAGAUCCCCAAACGAGCAGAAAGGCUUUUCUAGAGUCCUUGCACACUGUUGAGUAAAUGCAGGUUUGUUUAGGUUAGCUGACCCAAAUAGAUCCCUUCGGAUCCAAACUGUGAUAAGUAGCUGCAUUGCAUGGCUCCUUUGGCAGAUUUAUUGUUGAACAUAGAAGGGGGGAAGCCCUCAGUUAACGUGCAUGGAGUGCUGGAAUAUCUAUAUUCAGAUGUUCUCUAAUGUUGCCUUGACCCUUCCCAAAAUGAUGCGAAGCCAGCAUAGUUCAGAAGAUGGGCUGAUGGCCUACAUGUUUACUGUUUGAAGAGAAGGCUCUUUUAAUAACAGUUACAUGCUUUUAAGUCCUCAGAGAUCCUUCCCUCUUGCCUCUAGUUUUCAAAACAAAACCGAAUUUAAGGAAGAAUUCUGUUCCAUGAAUUGAUUCCAAUUAAACCCUAAUCAAAACAGGGCUUCUGGCAGUAACUUCGGUAUAACCUAAAUAUUAAAAGUAAGAUCUGGCAUAUAUGACUAAUGUGGGCUCAUGAAGACUGUGCACCGUCAGUGAUGAUGUAGUUGGCCGUUGUUUGACUAUGCAGGCACGUGGCACCGUUGUCAAUCUGUGCUUUUUUACCUUUGGCAGCCUACUAAAAUCAGGAUCACUAUUCCUUUCCGAGUCUGUAGCGUAGAGGUCGGACCACAUUUGCAUUUUGCAAACCAAUAACCACAGCCUUCUGACUUAAUUCCUCAGUUGCACUGUUCUAAAACCACAUUUGUGCUGGUGGGAGGUGGAGGGGAAGUACCCCACCUGCUCGUAUUUCCUCUGGCAGCUGGUGCUGUGGGCAACUGCUUCGUUCACUGGGGAGUGGUUUUCUCAUUGAAGCUUCUAAUGCAAAGACUUGCUUUGUUUUCCAUGUGAAAAUGGGUUGCGCAAAAAUAUGCUCAUGUACCCUAACAUCAGUAGACUGUAUUCUCUGCAAGUACCUCACAUGUCUUCUCCUGCCUUGUUCUUUGUAGUAUACUUAUUCAUGUACUCUUAACAUUCGUAUGUAGUGUGCAACUGUAAUGUCAUGCUUACCAGAGGGGGUUGGCUGCCUCCAGCCCACAGUCAUCGGUUCAAUAGCAGAACACUUUAGAUAAGUUAUUUUGCACUUUCUUAUGUAUAAAAUUGGUAGAUACUUAUAUUUGCUUUGUAUCAUUUAAAGACUCCUUUUGUUUCGGUAAAUGAACUGUGUAUAAAAUAUUUAUGCAGUUGAAACUGUUUUUAGACAGUAUUUUUAAUUUCAGCAAGUUUGGUUACUUGUUGCAUGACUAUUAACACAGCUGACUUUUUGUGUCAGUGCAAUGUAUAUUUUUUUGUCCUGUUAUUAACUUGUAAGCCCUAGUUAAAUGGCCAUUUAUUUGUACAGCAUUGGGAGUAAAUUGAAGAUAACUGGCUAAGACUGGAGUGUGGAAUUUUGUACUAUAUUGCAGAAUCCAAUAUCUGUUUUUUGGUGGUUACGUAAAAGGCCUGACGAUUUACUAUCUAGUGUGCAAUCUGUGAUAUCUGAAUGUUCAUUGUAUAUUUGUCUCCAAUGCAAAAAGUUAGAGUAACACAGUUACAAUACAUGAUUAAAUGCAAUAGUUCAGGUACUUAAGUAUUUUUUUCAUUUCAAAUAAAUACCUGCUAUUUACCACCAAAAAGCUGUUUUGCAUCUGUUGGAAAUAAGCAACAUUUGCAGCUGAAUAAACAUUUUUAAAAUGGGA